AUGGCAGCUGCAACCACAACAUCUAAUCCUCUGAACAACUUCAUUGGCGCCGCCGGAGCUGCAGCCAGUGUCGUUAAGUCAGUAAACUCAGUAGAAACUCCGCCAACUUCAUCUUUAUCUUCGACUUCCUCAUCACCAUCAGCAACUGCGGCGCCCGUACCAGCAGCUACGUCAGCCGUGGCCGGUGCUCAUCAUGGAUUGAGCGAAGGAGCCAAGAUCGGCAUCAUCGUCGGCUGCGUUGUUGGAGGCUUACUUCUUCUCGCACUCCUCGGCCUUUGUUGCUGUUGUCUACUCCGUCGACGACGCCGUAGCAAGCGACGCCCAACCGUCACUCCGGUCGAGGACGAAGAAGUCAAAUCAUGGAAAUCGCCAAUCAACCCAGGUCGCCACCACUCCAAUUACUCUCCUGCGCAAAGAGGACAAGUGCCUACAGAACAGUCUCCCACCGUCCCACUUAUGGCGGCCGCGGCAGCUGAACACCACGUACACAAUGAGAAAGCCCCAAGCCUGUCUCAGCACCCAGCUAUGCGCCAUUGUGAGAACCCAUUCGUCCCUGAGCCAUCCAGUUCUCGUCGGACUGCACCAAACUCUCGCGCUGGACUUACUGAUGGCAUGAUUCCUGGCGCUGCUGCGUACGUUCUUCCUGAGAAAACAGGUUCGCGCAAGAGCUCUUCUCGCUCUCGUUCCAAUUCCGAUACCCGACCCCAAUCUAGCGGGCUUCCUACCCACAACGAUGCGGACCGACCGCCGACGCCAUUCGGUCUCACUGGUUUUGGCGAACCAGCCGGUCACACUAUCCACCGUGACCAUGGUGUCAGUCCGCCUUACAGCGGCAUUGGCCAACCUUAUGAGCACCAGCAUGUUCAUAACCUUCAAGUUGAUGCACCAUCCAGAGAGCUACGACAGUCAUUGCAUAACCAUGAAAUUUUCCCCGGAGCAGCCUUCGCGGACGAAAGUCACCCCAAGUAUCGCAACAGCCGUGGCUACACUACUCCACCCGAGGUGCCAUCCCGCUCACCCAAUAGGAAUAAUAGUGCCAGCAUGUUGGUAGAUAGCAGUUAUGACUCUGAGCUUAGUACUACCACUGCGAGCAAUAGCAGCGGCGAGCGAUACCAAAGUCAGAUCGAUCCUUACCAGCCAGCGCAGCGUGAGACGGUGGCACCUUGGGAGCAACACCAGAAACGAUUUGCCAACUCGCCCCAGUCAUCACCUCACGUGGCCGCACCACCGCCAAUUCCGUGGGAGGAAUCGGGGUCCAACAUCCAUUCACGGAAACACCAAAGCCACAGCCCGAGGCAGAGUGGACAAUAUCCGUCCGGAGAUGGCAGGAGGAGAAGCAGCAGAAGUCCAGCUACCAGCAUUAACGGGCAGCCGAGAAGAUUGAGGUUUGAGGACCUUCAGGCUGACAAUCGUGCUAGCGGUGGCUACAGUAGCGUGGGACAGCACGACAGCUACGAUGGUUACAACAACAAUAACUCCAACAACAGCAACAGGUGGAGUCAGGGAGUCGGAGAGGCUCUGUAA